ACUCAAUACAUGACAACAUCGAUUUGAACUAUGAGAUAUUCAGUUGCAGUGUCUGUACUCUGUAGAACCUCCUUCUACUUUUUACUUUUUGUGUAUAAGAAUAGUGAAUGAUUAAUGUCUAAGUAUCAUCUACGUAUUCAGUAACGUUACAUGUACAUAUCCUACCCCCUAUUUAACUCCGAGCUAAUCGCUGCACCAUCGAUCCAAGUUCCAAACAUCUCAAUACGAGAGAGAGCCUGGGGUGUCAAAAGCGGAUGUUAAAUAGCGAUGCAGUUCGCUUCCAGGUUAUGAUUAAACAAUUUGUUAACGCACGGGUGGACUAUCGCAUCAUCAACCAACCGCCAUGCAGCCCGCUGAACUACGCCGACACAAAGAACGAGGCAGGUAUGAUGCCGAGUCCAUCGGCUCCGUUUUCUCGGACACUUUUAUGGCGCAUGUCUCGUACGUCGACCAUGGCCUGCCGCAAUGUCUACCCAUGAUCGCGCUGUUUCGGUGCGAGGAGGAAGGGGAGGCAGUCUACCUACAUGGCCACCCGAGCUCAAGGCUUAUGGAGCUCGUGCGCGCGAAUGAGGUGAAGAGGAAGGCUAGGAUCGAGCGGGGAGAAAUACCAGAUGAAAGUGGAGAUGAUCGGAUAAAAGUUUGCAUUACGACAACGAAAGUGGACGGGCUUUCCCUCUCCUCAGCUCCAAACGGGCAUACGUUCAACUACCGUUCCGCCGUGGUGCAUGGCGCAUGUUCGCAUGUCGGAGACCGCCGUGCGAAAGAAGAUGUCAUGCGCGGUGUGAUGGACCACAUCGUAGCCGGGCGCUGGGAAGACCUCAACCCCCUCGCCUCCUUCGCGCUGUCAUUGGUAUUUGUGAUACGCGUCCAGGUCCAGCGGGGCUCGAUGAAACACCAGAGCGGGAUUCCCAUGAUUCAGUCGCGAGAUCGAGCGAAGGAUGGACCAGAUCGGCAGGAGCUUGUGUGGACUGGGGUGGUCCCGUUGUAUGAACACUUGGGCGCGCCGGUGCCGAGCGGGUUGACAGAUGAUGCGCAGAUACCUGAGGGGCUCUUGAAAUAUAUCCAGGAGAGAAAUGAGAAGCAGGAAGGGUAUGCGAGAUCUGCUGCGAAGUGACGAAGGAUAUGACAAAUUUAGCAAUAAUGAAGCUUGUAGAACAUUCCCCCAUGCUUAAAACUGAAAUUAUAACGCCUAAAGUACAGAAAGGGUUCAUCGAGAAGAGAAGAAGCCUUUUUCUCCCAAAGAAGUAUCUGUAAUGUACUGUACAUGGGUUGUGAGUAAAUGGCUUAGGAUGUACAGUACAAAGGGGGGAGGGUCACGCCGCGCCUUCUAGGGAAACAGUAAGCCCAAGUACUAGUACAGGGGAGCACUGUUCCAUAAACAGCUUUUGGACACCAGUUGGUUGGAUCAUGAAUGAGUUCCGACUGCCAUCACUCCCUCCAUACUAUGGAGUAUGAAACCCAAGAUGUGACGCUCGAGAAUGUAGCCACCUACCAUUUAGCUACUGGCAACACUAGUGACUAUCACGAAUCAAAACCUACCUUGAGAAUCAACCGUUCUGAUUUCUAAACAUAGAUAGAUCAGAGUGAUCGAGCGAGUAAUUAGCCGUCGGCGGCAACUGAGACAUGCCAAGGACAAAAUGAAUCUAUGAGAUAGUGACGGAAGCAAACCUCGCAGUUAUAAACUGCUUGUGAUCCUUCCAGGACAAGAUCUGAUGGCUCUCUGCAUUGUUA